AUGGCUCCAGAAAUUCCUGGCUAUUAUUUUGACCCAGCUAAAAAUCGUUAUUUUAAAAUAGGAUCCUCUGUUGAUCCUGUUUCUGCCACUGUUCCAGUUUCCUCAACUUCUAAACGUUCUGGUAUUAUAUCCCGAUCUUCCGGUGGCGAAAAUGAAAAUCAUUCUUCUAGGAAAAAAUCCAAGCUCAGGGUCCAAAUGCAUCCGGAAAAAUAUUCCGAAGAUCUAACGCCUUUACCCGAUAAGGCAUCUUUUACUACGAACGAUGUGUUCACUAGGUUAAACACAUUGAAAUUGUCUAUAGUUUUGGAAACUCAAGAUUUGUUGCAGAGUAAGAACAAUCUUCAUUGUGAUGGAUUGUUUGAUAUUCCCCAGUAUGUGAUUCCUUGGGAUGUGGAGGAACCUUUAAGCUUUGUGCAUUGCAAUGCUGGUAUCUUUUAUCUGAUAAAUAUAACCUCAAAUAAUAACUCCGAAGAUGAAGAAAGCCAAGAUAUUUCAAAUAAUCAUAAUGUAUAUAAACUUGUAGGUCCUGGUGAAGAACGAUAUGCUCUUUGGUUUUAUCAUUUUAAAGAUAAUUCAAGACAACAUGUAAUCAAUCUUCCGAAAAUAGGUAAUCUACCGGCAUUAGAGACUUUAUCAUGUUUUGAAGAAGGCUCUCUAAUUAAAAUUCAACUUACUAAAGGGUAUUUGUUUUUUUACUUUAAGACCACUUUUCAAAAAUCUUCCAUUGACUUAUCGAAUAGUUAUUGUUGUUAUGUUGAUUCGCUUAAUAUCCUUGACUCAGUACUUGUUUCUAAUAAUCUUUUAUUAGUUAUCACCAAUAACAAGCUUAAAAUUUAUAAAUUGAUUACAAUUUAUUCUUCUAGUAACAAUAAUAGCAUGAAAACUCAUUUAAUUGACGGGAUGUAUGUUGAUCCUAAUUAUAAAGAUUUUAGAUGUCCAAUUAUAACUUUUAACUCCAAAACUGAUUUGGCGAUGAGUUCUGAUUUGGUAUCAAUAACUUUAGAUCAAUCAUAUGUUCAAUUUCAACAACAAUUUAAUAAGUCAAAUUUACAAGAUUCAACAUCAAAUUCUUUAUCUUCGUUAAGAGUAUUUUUAGGUUUUAGAAAUGGUAUUAUCAUUAAAAUAGUAUUAGAAUUAUCACAUUUAAAAGCAGAGAAAAGGAAUCGUGGGCUUCAAAUAAUUAAAAAAUCAAAAGUACCUGGUAUUAAAUCAAUUAUUUCAUUAGAACAAUCCGUUAGAAAUCAUGAUUAUUUAUUAAUAUGUGGUAUUGAUGAGUAUACACAAGAAGUUGUUUAUUUCCACCAUAAAUUUUCUUAUGAAAAUUCCAUAUAUGACCCAAAAGAUUUUUAUAAGACAAGAUACCACAGUUUAGAAUCAAAAUAUAAUAGAAAAUUUAAAAAUUCAAGAUAUGGUAAGUUAGUAUUAAUUGGUUCUAUUAAUAACAGAAAUAAUCACUCCAAAGGUUUUGAUAUAUUUUCUACUACAAAAUUCAAUAAAAAUUUACCUCUAAUGGAUUCCAAAGAAGCUAUUAAUGUGAUUAAGGAAAAAUAUAAACUUGAUUCUAACAGACAAGAAGCAUUAGAUUCUUCGGAUACAAUUAGUCUAGUUUCAUUUUUUAUUCUGGAAAACUUGAGCUAUCAAUCAUGGGAUACUCAAGAUGUAACAGAAGAAAAAAUUGUUAUACUUUUCCAAAUGAAUUCUAAAUUCUAUUCGAAUGAUAAUAUUAUAGUGAGAAAAACUUUUCAUGUUGCAAUUAUUGCGAUUCCAGUACUUCUGCCAUCUAAUACUAACUAUUAUUUAGGAUGA